UUUUGCUAGUCUGUCUUCGCUGAUCUAAAGAGGGAUGUUGCAACGUCCCAAGCCAGGCGGCUCGGAGGCGGACCUCCUGAGAGAGCAGGAGGAGUUCAUCAAAUCUGGAGCUCCGGCUGCUGCCACCGUGCUCCGCCGACCCGACAAGAGGCGGGGUGAGAUGGGAGAAGGCCCCGAGGAGGAUCUUCAGAGUCACGAUCCAGAAAAUCAGAGGGAUGUGGUCACCAUAGAAGAUCUUCCGGACCAGCUUCCAUCCCUGACACCAGCGCCUCCUAAGAAGUCCCGCUUCAAACACAGCCGCGUCACCUUUGAGGACGAGGAUGCAGGGGAUACGCUGGACAUGCAUGACACCCACAUCAGUGCGGUUCUGUCCAAGAUUGUUGAACGAGAUAUCAGCUCCAUUCCAAUAUCACUGCCGGAAUUUACAGGCAUUGCAUUUCCCAAAGCAUUGCAUCGCUCAGCGAACGGCGCUCAGCAGGUGCCUCUGUCGGCCGUAGGUGGGAAGAAGAGCAUCUUUGCUCAACAGUUAGCGGCUCAGAGACUAAAAGAGGGAAAAGUCCCAUUAGACUUGAUAUCUCGAGAUACACCGAAACACAAACCACCGGAACAGACUGAUAUGACUUAUCACACUGGAGACACAGGGCCAUGUUCAUUGUCAAGUUUAAGACUGGUCUCUGGUGAAGGACUUGGGUGUUCCAAUCGCUCAGAGGAGACCAGGAGGAUCCACAAUGAGAACCAGGAGAAGAUCCUGGCAAUGUCCCUGUCUGAGAUACAAGAGGAACAGGCGAGGCUCUUAUCGCAGCUUGAUCCAAGUCUGGUGGAGUUUGUCCGAUCCCGCAGAGCUGCAAGCGGCCCGGCUCCUUCCUCCUCACACGAACGCCCAGAGGGCAAAAGCAGCGAGGAAAGUGUUCAUCUCAGUUCAGACUCCACCAGUGUUGCUGCACCCUCUCCAAAACCCAAAGACGUGGAGAUGGAAGAGGAAGAGGAGGAAGAAGAGGAACUGUCGCCUCUAUCUGCCAUGAUUGAUCUGCCAGUUAAGCCUCAGAAGGAAUGGGUGCACAUGGAUCAACUGGAGCCCGAUAAGCUGGAGUGGAUGGGGGACAUUCCUCCACCCAGAAAAACCCGAACCAAAAAGGCCAUGCAGGCCCGUUUUGAUUUUAACGGAACUCUUAUCCCUCCCACGGAAGAUUUGCCCACUCACCUGGGCCUGCAUCACCAUGGAGACGAGCCUGAGCGUGCAGGUUACUCCCUACAAGAGCUUUUCCUUCUCUCUCGCAGUCAACUCAUCCAACAGAGGAGUUUGGCGCUCAGCACCCUCCGCAAUAUCCUCUUAAAGGCCCGCGCUGGGGACUACCAUUCAGCCCUGCAAGGCAGUGUGAUGGCCACUCUGCUCGACGCCGGCCUGCUCUUCCUGCUUCGCUUUGCCCUGGAUGAUGGCGUGGAAGGAGUGCUGGGCGCUGCGGUGCAUGCACUCAGAGCACUUCUGGUGUGCGCAGAAGAUGAAGAGUGUUUGGACCUCACCUUCCACUGGUUUCGUGGGCUGGCCACCUUCCCCCUGCUGCCAUCUCAGGGGGAAGAGGAGGAAGACGAUGAAGGGCUGGAUGAAAGUUUAAAAGAGACUGCCAAGGAGAGGGAGGAGAGGAAGACUGAUCAUGACGUGGCUGGGCUGGAUGUUGUCAAGGGUCUCCUGAGAAUGAAACUUCUCCCCAGAUUACGUUACAUCCUCGAGGUUGUCCGACCCUGCCCCCGGGUUGUUCAGGAUAUACUUGAGAUCCUGACCCGUAUUGCCAGACACUCUUCAUCGUCUGCCACUCAGGUGUUGGACUGUCCUCGCAUGAUUGAGACGGUGAUGUCGGAGUUCCUUCCCACUUCCUGGACAGUGCCAUCUUUUUCCUUCCCCCAGUCUGUUUAUGGAUUCCCUCUUGUUUGCGCCAUGAAGCUCAUAAGGGUUUUGGCUACUUCUGGCAGACAUGCAUGUGCCAGACUGUUGAACUCUGCGGGUUUGAGGGAGCGUCUGUCUCGUCUGCUUAGUGCUGAGCCCAGUGACCUCUUGUUGGAGUCUCGCAAGGCCCUCAGAAUCACCACAGAAGCUUAUAGGAUGUGGGCUGUGGCAGCUGGCUAUGGUCAGGCCUGCGACCUGUACAUAGAUUUGUAUCCAGCCUUACUGACGGCGUUGCAGACAGUUCGUACCGCGCUGGACCCCGCUGACCCUCUGUUGCAUCUGCAACUUGAGAAGGUUUUGGCUCUGCUCACUCUGCUCACUCAGGUUACACAUACUGCUGGUUGCCACCAGGAACUGCAAGCUGGCAUGGUCAGUUCUUCAGGAAAUGAAUGCCCUCCUCCUCCUCCGGUGUCAUGGGGGCAUGUCACAGGGUUGCCGGCAACACUUGUGGGCCAUUUGAAGAGUUUUGUGAUGGGUCUUGAUAAUCCACAACAGAGAGACAGCAGUCUGGCACUGAUACCAGCUUACCUGAUCUACUUUGAGGCAUUCUACCAUAAGCUCCCCAGACAGAACUCUUUCAAGCCAGUGGAAACCCUUCACGAACUGGAGCAGCUGACUAAUGAGGUUCUUCUUCCUCUGAUGUCCCACAGUGUUGUGCAAGACCUGCUCAAGAACCUAAAGUCCUCCUCAGUAGUAUGCAAUGUCCUAUCUGGUCUUGUGGAUCCGGACCCCUCUCCCAGCCUCCCUGGUUUGGCUUGCCCAGGAUGGAGGGACCGUCCAGGCUUGAUGGCUCACUCCUCUCCCUUCCCUCUCCUCACAAGCCUCGCAUUCCUUUUAGACACGAUCAUGGGCAUCCACAAAGGUCUCACCUGCAAGUUUACGAGCAUCCUUGUGUCAGAUCCUGUCAUUGGUUACCUGCGAGUUGUCAGUCAGGCUACACCCACCCUGUCUCAUACUUGGUCCUGGCUCCAUCGUCACGAGCACCACCUCAUCUACAUGCUGCUGCGCUUGGCAUACAGAUCGGUUUCCAUUGUGCCACAAGUGGAAAAGCAUGCGCCGCUCUUCCACCAGGUGGCGCUCGUUCUUCUCCCAUGGUUAUUGCCUGGGAGCGAGCACCUUGCUCAUGACCUGCUGGCCACCAUCGUCUUUAGCAAGGACUUCAUAUCGGAGAGCCACAGUGGUGGCCCGGAGGUUAUCGAGCUCGGGGAACUGCAUCUCCACGAUGAAACGAGCCAUCACAACUCUCCUUCGCUCCAAAUUGUGGGAGCUCUCCUGAGGGAAGCCUGCACCAACCUGGCCUCCAUUCGUGGCUGCUUCCUUACACAUCUGGCCCACCUGGAGUCAUCUGUGCUGCUCUCCCAGGAUGCUCUCUUUGGCCGCAACCCCUGGAUCAAAUCCCACCUCCUCCCAGAACUGUCGGGGCCCAUGCUGCCAUCAGACUGGCCAUUCCUUCCACUUGUCAGCCUGUAUGAGAAAACCGGGGCGCCUGAUGGCGGAGGACUCUCUGUUGAGGAGCUCCCCCAGGGGGUUCUGAUGGCAGUCACUCAAUGUCUGCAGUGGUUGCUGGUGCUGGAAGUCUGGCGGGAGGAAGCCCUUAAGGUGAUCCUUCCGGUUUCAAAGCUGGCCCGGCUGUCUUGUGUGUUCCUGUGUUCCAGUGAUUUGUUCCUGGAGAAACCGGUUCAAAAACUGACCUGGGCUCUGUUCCGGUUACUAUCCAGGCCAUCAAGACUGGAAUGUUUAGACCUCAACAUUACCCCUCCAGGUCUGGCCUCCUUCCACGAUUUGUACUGCGCCCUCUUGGCUCAGUACGAGGCCGUGUCAUUUGGGGACCGCCUCUUCGGCUGCUGGAUUCUGUUGCCCUUGCAGAGGAAGUACAGCGCCACCUUGAGGUUGGCUGUCUUUGGGGAACAUGUGGGCAUUCUGAGGUCAUUGGGUGUCACUCUGGAACAGCUUGCCAUCCCCGUGGAGCGGUUCACCUCCCCCCCUGAAGAUUCCCUUCCUCUGGUACGCCUCUAUUUCCGCUCCCUUGUCACCGGUAGCCUGAAGCCUUCCUGGUGUCCCGUCCUGUAUGUGGUGGCUCUGGCUCAUGUCAACACUUUUGUCUUCUCUCAGGAUGCUGCAGCCCAGGAGCUCGAAGCAGCACGACACAGCAUGCUGAGGAUAAUCUACCGCAUGUCGGAAGAGGUGUUAAAGAAGCACCUGUUGCUGUUCCGCAUGCCCAAACAGGACUCCCAGUUGGGUUUUGACAUGUAUGAUCAGUUGCCUCCCGGAAGAGCGAAGCAUUUGGAGAGCGUCGUCGGCCUGCAGAACAGCGGUGGCUGUCAAGCGGAGGAGAGGUGAAGAGGAGAAUGACAACAGCGGUGAAAUUAGAAAAAACAUUUUUACAUUUAAAUUUAAAUCAUGAAAAGACUUUGGGGCCCAAUGUUGUGCUUUUGACCCACAAUUAUUUUGGACAUUUACAGAAAAUGACAUUAACAUUUACAUUUUUCAGUGUCAGGUUGUAGAAUUUCAUUUAUUUGCAGGAUUGUGCACUCGACUGAACUGUUUCUUUGACAGUGGAUGACUCUUGGUAGAGUCUUUCUAGGGAUGGCUAAACAGCUGCACACUCACGCUCAGUCGUCUUUUUUUUGGUUUGCGCCACAUAACGUACCUUAAAUCGAUACAGUGUCAUGGAUUAUCAUCUCAUAGUAUCCUCACAUUUGUUUAGUGUAGCAGCGCUUGAAAUUGAAACCUGAGCUAAAAUGUCAAUAAAUGUCUGACUUUUUGAUAGGUU